AUGGGUUUAUGUUCUUCAUCUUAACAGAAAAAGCCAAGACCAUUGAUUAGAUUAGUAAAAGUUGAGAUGGACAUUAAAGAAGAUAAUUAUUAGUAAACUUUAAAUCUUUGGAGAAGGAUUGAUGAAUAAAUGGAGUUACUUAAAAAUAAACAUCUCAUUUCUUUAAAAGUAUUAAGUUAAAAUGAAUAAAUUAACAACUUCUUAUUGUAAAACUAAAGAUAGAAUAUAAAUUAAAACCUAUCGACCUUUUUUAAACUAUUUGAUGAGUUUUAAAUUUAAUUCACUCAAGAAUUAAUGCAAAAUGAAACUUUUUGUAUGAAUUAAUCAGAUUUAUUGAAAAAUCUUGAUUAAUUAAAUGAAACUUUUGCUGAAAUGGGCUAUAGUACAAAAGGUAUAUAUAAAAAUUAAUAAAAUAGUUUUAACUUAGUCUUUAACCAAAUAUUGA